UUAAUUUAACAGAAAGAAUUGGAAAAUGGGAAGAGAAGAGAGGAAGGAGGAAUCCUACCUUAGAUAUUACGUGGGACACAAGGGAAAGUUCGGCCACGAGUUUCUUGAAUUCGAGUUCAGACCCGACGGCAAGCUCCGUUACGCCAACAAUUCCAACUACAAAAACGACAUCCUGAUCCGCAAGGAGGUGUACCUCACUCCCGUCGUUUUACGUGAGUGCCGCCGUAUAAUCGCGGAGAGCGAAAUCAUGAAGGAGGACGACAACACCUGGCCGGAACCCGAUCGGGUGGGGCGGCAGGAGUUGGAGAUUGUCAUGGGAAACGACCACAUUUCCUUCACAACUUCCAAGAUUGGGUCUCUUGUCGACGUUCAAUCAAGUGCCAAUCCGGAAGGCCUUUGAAUCUUUUACUUUCUUGUUCAGGUCAUUUUCAUAUCAUUCUGUUGCUGUUGGGGUUUUAGUUCAGUUUCUCAAAUUGAAUAAUGAAAAUUAAAACAGCUUAAAAACCGAAUAGAAAUAUCAGCCUUUGACGAGGGUCUAUGAAAAUUGGAAAGAUAGUUUUAUUAGGUCCAUGAAUAAUGCCUUUGGUUUAUUUUUUUAUAUUUACUGUUUGUAGGAUUUGAACUGUUUUGUCUGCUUUCUCAUUUCUCUUCACUUCACUUUAAGAUCAAACCUAUAUAAGGAUAAAGGAAGAUGGAGUACUUGUGUCACAACCUCAUAAACAGACUUAUAAUCAUGAAUAUGAUUUGCUUCUUAUUCGUGGUUAUAUUAAUUGUAUAUUUUGGAUU